GGUGCUCGCGCUCAGACGCUCCAGGAACCCGGGGGUCUGGCGCGCGUGAACGCGCUUGUGCUGCUCACCUGAAAACUGACAGAUGACAGUCUGCAGACAGACGGUGUGUGUCAGUGAUCCUCAUAUGAUGUGGGGAUUAUGAGUUUAGGAUAAUAUAAUAAUCACACACACGGCUGAGGCAGGCGGAUGAAGUGUGUGUCUGGAUUCGCUCAGAGAGCGUCAGGAUGCCGGAGUUUGAUGUGAUUGUUCUGGGAACCGGACUGAAGGAAUGUGUUUUAUCCGGACUGAUGUCAGUCAACGGGAAGAAGGUUCUUCAUAUGGAUUCCAACCCGUAUUAUGGAGGAGAAAGUGCCUCAAUCUCCCCUCUGGAGGAGCUUUAUAAGAGAUUCCAGGCUUCUGAUUCUUCGAAAUCGAUGGGGCGCGGGAAAGACUGGAACGUGGAUCUGAUUCCCAAGUUCCUGCUUGCAAACGGUCAGCUGGUGAAGAUGCUGCUGUACACCGAGGUCACGCGAUAUCUGGACUUCAAGGUGAUUGAAGGCAGUUUUGUGUACAAAGGAGGGAAAAUUCACAAAGUCCCCUGCACUGAGACAGAGACACACAAUUCAGAUCUGAUGGGGAUGUUCGAUAAGCGGCGUUUUCGCAAGUUCAUGUCCUUCAUCCUGAACUUCGAAGAGAACGAUCCGCGGACGUAUCACGACAUGGACCCGCACAGAACCACCAUGAGGGACGUGUUUCGUCACUUCGACCUGGGCGACGACGUCAUGGAGUUUACAGGUCACGCUCUGGCCCUUCACGUCAACGACGAUUAUCUGGAGCAGCCGUGUGUGAAGACCAUAAACCGGAUCAAGCUGUACUCCGAGUCUCUGUCGCGCUACAAUCUCAGCCCGUAUCUCUACCCGCUGUUCGGUCUGGGCGAGCUGCCGCAGGGAUUCGUCAGGCUCAGCGCCGUCUACGGGAACAGCUACAUGCUGAACCGCCGCGUGGACGAGAUCGUGAUGGAGGACGGGCGAGUGGCUGCGGUCCGAUCCGAGGGCGAGGUGUUCCGCUGUAAGCAGCUGAUCUGUGACCCGAGUUACGUGCCGGAGCGUGUGAAGAAGGCCGGGCGCGUCAUACGGGUCAUCUGCUUACUCAACCACCCCAUCAAAAACACCCACGACGCCAACUCAUGCCAGAUCAUCAUCCCGCAGACGCACCUCAACAGGAAGUCAGAUAUCUACGUGUGUUUGCUGUCCUACGCUCAUAACGUGGCGGCGGAAGGCAAGUACGUCGCCGUCGUCAGCACAAUGGUGGAAACCUGCAACCCGGAGAAGGAGGUUCAGCCCGGUUUGGCCCUGCUGGAGCCCAUCAUGGAGAAGUUCGUGUCCGUCAGUAACCUGAUGGUCCCGACGGACGACGGCCGCAGGAGUCAGAUCUUCGUCUCCCGCUCGUACGACCACACGCCGCACUUCGAGAGCGAGACCGACGACAUCAUGGACCUGUACCGCCGCGUCACCGGCUCAGAGUUCAUCUUCAGGGAUCCCAGAGAUGCCGACGGAGACUCCGACGAGUGAACGAGCGCCAAAUCGUGCACGAUCG